CUUAAUAAUAAUAUAACCUAGAAAUAUUCAAGCAAAUAACCACAAAGACUGCUUAAAAAUGUCGUAUGUUAAUUUAAUAAUAAAACGUUCGAUUUCCACGUCUUCGAUACGUGAAGGAAAGAGAAAUUUCAAGAAGUUCUCGUUGCACAACAAAAGGGGUUCCAGAAUCUUCAAGCAAAUGCAAGCAGAGAAUCCAGACCCUGAGAUGCCAAUAGACAAGAGAGGUGUUCGAGAUGUUGGAUACACACUAAAUGGCACCUUCUAUACAGUACCUGAGAUGAUCCCAGAACUAAUUGUGCCAGACUUGAAGGACUUCAAAUUGAAACCGUAUGUCUCCUACCGUGCACCAGAAAUCUAUCAAGAGGAACUCACAGCACAGACCUUAUUUGAUGUAGUUUAUGCACCAAAAAUUAAAAAAGAUCACACUGAAAAUAAACUAAGUGCAGAUGGAAAUCCUAUGGAACCUUCAGUGCAAGAGAAACAAACAUCAGAGGAGGCUUGGAAUAAGGCUAAGAUGACAGGUUCUGAACUAUUAUAAGUGUGUAUGCUUCAAUUAAAUUGUAAAUAGUUUUUAGAUGAAAUAAAUUUAAUUCAAAUGUAA